CGCUCACACCCGAGAGCCUCGUUUCACCUCGCUCCCGUGCGCGUGCGUUACAUACUCACGCGCGUGCUCUGUUCUCCUUCUCGUGCCAGCCCUCGCGUCCUCUCUGAAGGUGGGAAGUGAGCGAACUUUUGCCGGAGUCGAAGUUGUGAGGGGGGCAUGGCGUAAAUAACGACAAGGACAAAGACGAAGACGACGACGACAACUUAAAACUUUAAAAGACCCCAAGAUGGUAGGCUCACGCCUUAACGUUCACUUGUACCGCGACUCUUUCCAAACCCCGUGGGGAUUUCGUCUUCAGGGAGGAAAGGACCUCGUCCAGCCCUUGGUCGUGCAAAGGGUGUUCUCGAAUAGUCCGGCCGAGGGUGAGCUCCAGAGGGGUGACGUCAUCCUGUCCAUCAACAACCGUGACGGUAACCAGCUGACCCACAAGCAGGCUCAGGACCUCAUCAAACACGGAGGAGGACAGGUCCAGCUAGUCGUUAGCAGGCCACCGCCCGGGUCGCACAUCGCCCCCCUCUCCCCUCCCAUUGUUACACAACAGCCCAGAGCGCCAUCUCUGCAGGGCUUUGCUUCCCCGAAACAACAACCCCCAUCCCGCCCAACACAAAUGUCAAUGUAUGACCGUGACUAUUACCCGCAAUAUUCCCCGGGAGGCGGGCCGGACCAAUACAGACAGCAGAAGCCUCCAGCGGCGCCUCACCACCAGCCCCUCCACGUGCAGGCCCCGCCCCCUGACCGUCAUCGCACCUCCUACAGCCAACCGCCCACCACCCCCACCACGCCCACACCUCCAUGGGCGGCUCAGCAGGCGGCCCCCAAGCGGGUAUCCAAGCUGUCCAAACUUGGCGGAGGAGGGGGCUUCAACUUUGGCGUCGAUUACGCCACGUUGCCUAGAAGCAGAAGCCAGUCCUCGGCUCAAUAUGGCGCUAGGAGACCCCGCACGACCUCCGACUCCAUUGACGGGCCGGAAGACAUCGAGCCAGACAGACUGGCCUCUGGCCCUGUUCCGAAAGUAUGCAGUCUGCGCAAUCUAGGCGGAGGCGGAUAUGACUUUGGAUCCUCUUUUGGAGCCUCAGCAACUCUUCCAAGGCGUAGCACUGGACGAAGACUCUCGCAACCCCCAAGCAUGCCUGGUGGUGGCUCUGGAUUCAUGCCUCGAAAGAUAUCCCUCAAUAGGCUGGGAGGCGGAGGGCCCGACUUCGGAUCUGAUUUCACCCAAGGCCGGGGUGGACAAACCCCCGCCCAGAGGUAUGAACCUGUGAGGGAUUCCUCCACCAUGCUCAAUAGAGUGCACACUAGCUUGGACACCAUCACUCUGUCGCCACGCACCCCCGAGGUACAGCAGAGCUCGCCCUUCUACCAGGCGUACGAGCCCACCCCUCAGUACCAAGCUCCGCCCCCUCAGCAGAUGUACACGCCCACCGGCAUCCUACUGGAGCAGCAGCGUCUGCAGGAGCAGCAGCAGGACGAGGGUGAGGAUAUAGUUCCCGUCUGGGAGAGAAGGAAACAGUUUCAGCAAGGAUCGGGCCAGGAUGCGGGAGUGAGGACGCCAGCUAACAAGCCACCACCUCGUAUCCCCAAGCCUAAGCCAGGUCCUUCGAGCUACGGCAAUUUCGGCACUGACUACAGAACACCCCAGCAGAAGGCUUCCACCGCCACCUGGCGUCCGUCCCCACAGCAGUUCAAGCCCAACCCGGCCCCUGUGACCGUUGUACCCGUCCAGUACAAGCCUAGCCCACCUGCGCCUGUGUCACCCGCGGCACCCCCUGCCCCGGCGCCGAUCUACCAAAUUCCAGUGCAAACGUGGCAGAAACCGCCACAGGUGGAGGACGACAGCAUGCCAGCGUGGCGCAACACCCUCCGCUCGACCGGCGUCAAGCCCUGGGAGCAGGACGCCACCUUCGGUCAGGAGCACGAACCCGCCAGGUCUGUCCCCUCCCAACAGAGUCCACGGGCCGUGGCCGGGGGGUACAGCCCCACUGCAGCCCCAUUCAGCCCCACCCAGACCCCCGUGGUCCCCGUAGCUGGAGGAAACUCGCAGGACGGUCCCAAGGUGGUGCAUCUGCAGUACAACUCCCCCAUGGGUCUGUACUCGAAUCAGAACGUUCAGGAGACACUCCAUGGUCAGACGCAGGCCAUGUCGGAUCAGACUAAGCCUCCCCCACCCCAGACUAACCAGGCAGGAGAUAGAGACUGGAGCCAGUCUGCUGUCCUCCGCUUUAUUGAGCAGGACAAAAAGAGGCUCCAAAGUUUACUGUCUAGUCCGGUUGUUUCCAAGAUUCGACCCCCGGGCCCUUGGCGCAAACCCAAGUCCGUCAGAUGGCAGCCUCAGGGACCCAAGAAAGCAGGACCCCCUCCGACGGCCCCCAAGCCUCAUGUCUUCCAGCCUGCACCACAACAACAACCUUUCUAUGACGAGAUCGGAGCUUCAGACUUCUAAAUCUCUCUCACGAACAAUCCAAUAAAAAGUCCACUAUGCACACAGGAAAUUUCAGGCCCCGAGCAUUCUAAAUGAAUUGCGGUGGGUUGACUGAUGAAACGAUCAAAGUUUGUUACAAAAACAGAGGAUUGCAUUUGCUAUUGGUCUUGCAACAAAGGGUUUUGAACUAUUUGUAUAUUUUAGAGUUCUGUUGUCUGCAGAGUAGACUGGCAAAUCAGUAUUUCGACAAUACGAUAACAUGAUGAUACUGUUUGUUAAACACCUUUCAGUCUGCUCUAUUUUACCCUGUUUUAUGUUAUUACGUAAUAACUCAACAACAACCUCAAAUUAUAAUUGUUCAAGAGUGAUCCAUACAGUGCAUGUGGCAGCUAGUAAUAAAACAAUGAUCUAGCAGACCGAACACUAAAUAUCUGCUUUUAAAUAAUUGAAAAUUUUGAUGAAAUGAAAAUGACGACAUUAAUAUAAUUUGCUAACCUUUUUUUUUUGUUUUGUUUUUUUGGAUAAAUUAGACACGAGCCAAACCAAUAUAUUGCAACCGCUGGGAACAAUAGGUCUAUAGUGGACGACGUGAUCCAGCUACAGUUGUAUAGUCUUACAUAACGCCGGGGAUAAGUAAGUUCCGCCUCCGGGGAUGUAUUGUGCAAUCUCCGACCGGCAUCGACUCAUCAGAUCGGUCGUAUGGCCUUUGGCUGUUGGUGUUCUUCAUUGUAUUUCGACUCUCGCUUUGCUCGGCGUAAACCUGGCAUAGAAAAAACAAACAACGUAAACUAGAAACGGAAAUUAUCAAUAGCCCACAAGAUCAGCUUUCAAUAAUCAUUACCAUUAAAACAAUCUUCCGAACGUUCUUUCCAGAAUCAUCCAUGAGAUUUGCUUUAAAGAAUCGUAUACUUUUCUAUAAAGACUUCGAGCCUUGCUUUUACCCUAACCCGAACUAAAAUCCAACUUUAACCGCGUGCCUCACACCAAGAGUGUAUAAUAUUUUUUCUCAAAUAUGUACCUGUAUACAAACUCUUUAUUCAACAAAAGAAACGUGAAUGAGGGUGAAAGCCAACACGAGUAUGCUUGUCAUAGAACUGCGCCAUUGCCCAACCUGCGACUUCCUGGAGUAAGCUGUGUGGCGCAGCAGUAAAAUGUACGCUUGCGAGUAUUUCUUGUUUGAAGCAUCGACAUAUCAUCCAUACCUAGUAUAACAAAUUACUUCGAGCCUGUAAAUAUCAUUUUGCCUAUAUUCAAAGAUUGCAAAGAGUGUCUUGCGUCAGCUCUUAGUUAGCAACCCGCGCUGUUUGUGUGAACUAGCUAUAAAGUUGUCAGUGGAAUGUGCAAUUUGUUUUUUCUGAAGUUUAGAUCACCACUAAGACUAGUGAGCAAAGUACCAAACUAUUUUCGUAAAACAUAUGAAAUGCCCUGGUCAUGUCCAGUGACUAAUAAAUAAGCAGCACUUGAAAACUUUAUAAACAUGACUAGCCUACGUAACUGCCAUCCAAAAAAAUAGAAGGUUUAAACAAAGAGAAACAACGGUAAGCAAGAAAAAUGUUCAAAGAUCAGAAGUGACUUUGACGCAAUAAUAUAAUACUUUGAUAAUAAGAAUACAAAU